UGAUGCCCUAGGGUUUCAUUUUUCAAUUAUCAAAUUGAGAUUUGCUCAUUUUUCUCUUAUUAAUCCCACCCACCAGUGCAAAUCUCUCCUCUUACGAAAUACCAAAAGAAGAUAACGCAAUAAAUCUUGAUCUUCAUAUGACCAUGAUGGAUAAAUUAUACACAUCACCGACAAUUGAUAAGACGCGUCCUCGGAACAAGAUUGGAAAUGGAUUAAUGGCGGAUUCUUCUCCGUAUUGAUUUUUCUCCGCUUAAGGGGUGGCGCUCUGUGUACGAGCUGUAAAGAAUCAUCCUCAAAGAUUUAAACACAAAAAAAAGGGUUCGAACAGGGGGCGGUGUUCUGGAAUCUGAAUUGGGUUGGGAGAGUUGAAAUUUGGAAGAAAAGAACUUUUCUCUGGUCUUUGGUGUAUAUUUAUAUCUGGGUGAAUUCGAAAUUUGCAGAGCAAGAGAAUACGGCCAUGUCCUUUCCUCGUCUAAACUUACGCACAACGGGUCAGGUCAUCAAGCAGUCCACUGCUUCUUUCCUAUCGAGCUUCUACACAUUUCUUUUUCUCUCUCUUCUUCUUUUCUCCUUUCGUACUGUUGUCGAGACUGGAACCCUACACGUCACCUCUUUCAUUGAUAGGGAUCCAUCUCUGAAAGCCCUUUUAUCUCGCCUCGAUCUUGCAGGCAAGAAUGUCAGAUCAUCCGAAGGUUUUAAAUCUCAGGCCGCCGCGAAUCGACGCCGCCGCCCUUUCCUUCAACUCAGCCGUGUCGGAACCCUAGACGAUGAUUUCUUCUCUGGAGAAGAAGAUGAUGAUCGGAUUCUUUUCGGGUUGGGUCGUCGUUCUCCUGUCAACGGUAGUUCUGUGAAUCUCAGCCAUUUUUUUAGCCGCCAGGGAAAAUUCGGGUCUUCGGAAUCUGAGGAGAGAUACGGGUUUAGGCUUUUGGAGGUUGUUGGUUCUGGAUUUCUUUUCAAGACGGAGGGUUUCUCGUUGUCGGAUGGCGCUGAUGAAGAUGGUAACGGCGGAGGAACUGAUAAGGCGGUUUCGAACAUGGGAGAGGAAGGGGACCGCCCUGCGGAUUUUCAAUUAUUUGUAAAGGGUUUCGAGCUUGGUCGUCGUGAUGCUGCGGCCUUGUUCUUUCUGGUGAGUUUCUUAUCGGCAGCAUAUGGUUGGGUGAUUCUUGGGUUUUUGGUUACACAAUCUUGCAUCCUCGGAAUCGUGUUCUACUCUGUCGUCAAUGACCUUCUGCGGAAGUAUCAGUCGUUUACUGGAACGGUUUACGCUGGUUCGCGUUUGGGGAUUCGAAGGAUUUCUGGGUUUAUACUCAUGAGGUGGGCUGUUAGAGAUGCAUUGACCCAAAUCCUUGGUCUGUGGUUUUUUGGUGAAAUUGAGGAUCAAUACUCAUUCUUUAAGCUGUUUGUGAGAUUGAAACUGAUGCCCUUCUCCAUCACUUUUCCGUGGGUUCGAGGCUUUGAGACUGAGAUCUCAGGAUUUCUGUUUACGUGGUUUUUGUUGGAUGUUUUUGUGGCCUUCGUUUUUGCAGUGGAUUGUUGGGUUGCAAUCAUGGAUGCAAGGAGGAGUGGCAGGGAAGUCGUGAAGGAAGGAUGCUACCUAAUAUCUACAAUGUUAAACCAGGCCAUCCAGAUAAAAUGCUAUGAAGCCAUUCUUUGUGGGUCAUUUGUGAGAUGGAUUCUGACUCGGAUUUGCGGGAAGUUGUUUGCCUCAGUUUUUCAGUCGGUGGUGGAGGUUUAUUUUAUGGUAGCAUGGUUGAUAUUCUACUUUGCUGCUAGGUGUGAGGAUGCAAAUUCAAAUGGUAGGCGAUUCGGCCGGAGAGAUUUGGAGGAUUACAUUGAUGGUCUCAGAUGAUCCACUGCUAAAUGGAGAUGGUUCACCUAGAGGCUUCAAUUGUAACUGUAAAUACUGGCAUGGGUGGGUCCAUUUGAUAGAGGAUUGUGUUCCCAUUUCGGUGGUCUAAUUUCAUCUCAGGAUUGCAAAAAUGCCAUGGAUCUUUUUGGUUGUUCACUCACUUCCAAUCAUUGCUUUCAAGCUUCAGUCACAGAAAGACUCAGAGCUUCAACUGUAUCAGCUUGCAUGUGAGAUGUUGGAUUCCUUCAGGUUGCAAUGAGGCAAAGGACUUGAGAAGUUUAAAUGUAGGAAAUGCUGCACCAGAGAGAAGUGACUUGAGGACUAGCAAUCUAACAGCAGAAAUAGCACGGGUAGAACUUAUUGAAAAAGAAAAUCCCAUAGCGAAAUGGCUGUAGGGGACUAAUGUGGUAAUGCAAAUGGUUGGAGAUGUUUUAACAAGAAAAAUAGCAUCUUUGUUAAAAAAGGACUGAAGCCAUGGUGGGAAUCCAAGCCUACUGGCCUGCAUGGUCUAACCUUGUAGGAAAAUGAAUUGUGUCUCUUGAUCCUCUGCUGGCUUGGAUGAGCCAUUUCGCAUUCUAACAUUAAUCUUUUAUUUGAUUUCAUUUCUGGACUAAAAUAUUGUGAAAUUUUGUCUUUGGUUUUCUUUGAAUUGUUCUAUCAAGAUUGUCCCAACUGAUUGGUUUUCUUUGAAUUGUUCUUAGUUUUCGGAAAAAUGAUUUUUCCCCUCUUAAUGUAGUUUGGUCUCUCUCUCUCUCUCUCUCUCUCUCUCUCUCUCUCUUUUAAAUUAUAUUUAUUGAUCUUCUUAACUGUUUGAAUUUUGAAAUUUAUUUUUAUUUUUAUUUUUUUAAAGUUUUGUUUCAGGAUAAUGCUUUUAUAAUCUUGGAUAAGCUGGGUUUUUUGAGAACUUAUCUCUGGAAACAGAAAGAUUUUUAGGAUUUUCUUAUCCUAGAUUUAGAAGAGAAGGUACAUGUUCAAACUGAAAAGAAACCAAUAAAUAUAUUUGUGGCAUGGUUCUUGUAUGGGUAAAACCUACUCGUGGUGUAAAUGCAGGCUACUUUCUAUUCUAGAGAAUGCAACCAUGGAUGAGAUAUAUGGAAAUGAGGACUUCUUAGUAAUGGGUUUGGUUUCUUCUUUGACACUGAUGAACUAAUUUUGGUAUAUUUCCUUGUGGACGGAAACUUCAAAGGGAUUGAUUAUCCUUUACCAUAGGGAAGAGUAUUCCUUUCGCAUCCUGGGUGAGCUAUAGGAGCAAAGCAACUAAUGUGGUUCUCAGUUCCAAAUCCAUCCAUCAGCACAAAGAACUGUUGUUGACUGGACCAAGUAUAACUUCAAGGGCACAAAAUUACGUCUUUGCCAAAAUGCCCUCUGCCAGUUCAAACCAAAUUACUUGUGGAAUGCAAUUCAGAAUUGAUGAACUGGAUUUAACAAGCUGAUGUUUGGGUGUUCUCAGGUUGUUCACUUUUACUUGAUUCCAUAUGUAUAUUGUGUCCUUUGUCUAAUCUAUGUUGAGUUUCUUCUGUUCUGAGAUUAGCAUCAGUGGCAGUUCAAAUUUCCUGAGGUGGUGUGGUUGGAAUGAACAUGGAAAAUUGCCAAUUUCAGGUGAACUUGCUCCAGAUGAAUCUCCCUCUUUCUCCAUUUUUUCCUUAUGUGGGCCCACCAACUCUCGUUUGUGUGCGUGUCAUUGAUACAAAUACUAGUAUCUCUGCAUGGGCUACUUGUCUCAUUGAUAAAGUUAAUGUUAUCUCAUUUCAUACUGACUAUAUGAUGACAGAAAACACCAUUGACGCAAGCACUAGGGGGCUUCUCAUGGGCGUAAAGCAUGCUAGAGAUGCAGGAUAGUCUCGGGGCAAUUUGGAGUGAUUCUGCUGAACUUGAAUACCUCCUUUCUGAUUAUAGAACCAAAACGUGGCCUCUAAGCAAAAUACCGCUUUUCUUGGAAGUACAUAAUUCUUUGUCUGACCUCUUUUUUAAUGCUUCAAACCCACUAAUGAUGUGAUUCUACUAAUGAGACUUAUAGGUUUCUGGGUUACUGCAAAAUGAACCUCUUCUAUAAACUUAAGCCCUACAAUGAUGUAAAAUCCUUCCUUUCUUAUUAAUGAAUUUUUCUUUUCUUUUUAGUAAAAAAAUAAAAUUGGAAUUUAAA